GCCCGGGGCCGGGCGGGAUGGCGCUUCCUCCUCCCCGGCUGCUUCUCUUGGCAGCGGCGGCGGGACUCCUGGCUCCUCGUGAGGUGGCAGCCGAACCGGUGGAGGAGGCUGAAGCCCACUGCCCUGAGGGCCCGUGGCCUCUGCCCCCACAGGUGUCGCCAAGAGUGACCUACACACGGAUGAGCCAAGAGAAGGCUGAGAAUGCCAGCUUCCUCUACCAUCCUUGUGCCCACCCCUGGCUAAAGCUCCAGCUUGCUCUCCUGGCCCACAUUUUUGUGGCCCAGCCCUCACUGACCCCCGACCCCAGCCUCAGUCAGGAUCGGCCCCUGAUGCUGGCAGCAUGGGGGGUGGCGCUGGAGAUGGCAUGGGUAGAGCCAGCUUGGGUUGCCCACUGGCUGAAGAGGUGGCGGCGGAGGAAGAAGGCAUGGUCCCACUCUGACAGCCUUUCUGGGUCCUCUCGCUUGGUACCAGCCCGGGGCAGAAGGAAGCUGUGCGGAAGAGGGUGUGUGCAGGUCCCAGCUUUGGCCUUUACUUUGCGGAGCUGGCGGCCCCCAGGCACAGAGGUGCCCUCUAGAAGGCCCUGGCAGCUUUUUCCUGGUGGUGCCAAGAGGCGUGGGCUGCGGGCUGCCCUUGGUUUCCAGCCCACCCCCUCAGCCUUGAGAGUCCCCUCUGCUUCCCCACGGAGUUUGGAGGACAAGCAGCCCAUGUUGGGAGCUCCAGGUGAAGGGAGUAAUGCCCCAUUUGUGCCCACUGCCCCCCUGCUGCCUGGGGGACAUAGAGGCAAUUCCAGUUCCAGGACAGAGACUCAGGUGCUCAAAGGGCAAAGCAGCUCGGGGGGCUGUGCCUGUCCAAGUCAGGCUUCCCCGGCCCCUCGGGCAGCUGCGCCUCCUCGGGUAGCCCGGGGCCCCACCCCACGCACAGAAGAGGCAGCCUGGGCUGCCAUGGCCCUGACCUUCCUGUUGGUGCUGCUCACACUGGCCACGCUCUGUACACGCCUACACCGAAACUUCAGACGUGGGGAGAGCAUCUACUGGGGACCCACAGCAGACAGUCAAGACACAGUGGCAGCUGUGCUGAAACGGAGGCUGCUGUUGCCGCCGCGCAGGGUCAAGCGCUCCCGCGGGAAACCCCUCCUCCCCCCGACGCCAGACAGCGGCCCGGAUGGGGACAGCUCCGACUGACCUGCCCCAGCCCUGCCACUGUGGCAGGUUUGGCUCCUCCUCCCGGCCCGGCUGCCGGGACCUCUGCCACGUGGACUGCGUGCAGGGCCGCCCCCUGGCGGCGGGAUGGAGCGUCGCCAAGGUGUGGGUUGCCAGGAGGGGUGGCCAAGGAGAGGGAAAAAAGCUGUCCCACCGUCCCUUGCCCAAAUUCCCGUUAUUUCUAAUUAAAUUAUUUUAGUAGAGCCAGGAGUUGAGCCUCUGCCUCUGCCACACAGACACACUCCCACCCAGGACACUGUCCUAGGCCAUUUAAGUUGUUUGAAGUUGGGGUUUUAUAAAAACUAGUUGGCACC